AUGGAGGAAGAUUACAAUACAAUACAUCGAUGGCUUGCGAGAGUGCCAGAUGUUGCUUCCAAUCGCAAUGGGACAGGCAAUCCGAAUUCAUUUGGUUUAGAUCUUGUUGAUGGAUUGCCAAGUUUAGCUCGGCCUUCGACCACCCGAGAAUGCAUACAGACAGGUAUCUCGUUGGAACACGGCCAAAUCUCGCUUCAGAAACCCGAACCCAGUUUUGACCGCAAGCCGCGCCACAAGACUCGAGAAGAUCGAUAUGAGUACAAAGGCACUAGCGCUAGCAAAGAACUAUCCACAGCACACAAAGACAAGCGUAAACGGCGGCGAAGCAGGAAACACACGAUGAACGAUGUGUUCCACGCACCCAAUGUUGCUCCUAAGAGGUUGACGCUCCGGGGUAGUUUGAAUGUCGGCAUUUUCAACAAAGGCAAGGCAUCGUCGCCGCUCAACCCUGGUAAACUUCCGGAUUCUGCAUUCUUGGAGACAAAUUUCCUUGCAAAACGGCAGCACGGCUCGCCAUCGAAGUCAAAGUCCAGGAACAAAAGGCGGAAGGUGGGCCAUGAUACUCCCAAGAAGGGAGCUAGUCGGCAACAAAAACGGCCUGAAUACGUCUUUUCCGAAUUCCUCAAGGAAAUGGAACCCGAAAGCGUCAACACAGAGCAACUAGUCCCUAAGCAGAAAGGAUGUGAUCAGCCGAGCGAUGAAUCCAGGGUCGACCAAAAACGUUCCUCGGGCAGAAGUCUAGGCCCGGACAUUCAUAAAGAGCAAACGGACGCGCAAAGCCUUCGUUCAUUCUUGGUGCAAUCAGCUGAAAAGCACGCCAAUGAUUCCAGACCUGCUACGCCAUAUACGUGGUCUGAUACGAGCCUUAGAAGACCACGACAUGAGAUUGCUCCAGAGAUCCAGCUCUCAGACCUUCUUCGCGUUGGUCUAUUCCCAGGCCGAGAAGAUGAUACGUCUAGCAAUUCGAAUCCAGAAAACAAAUACUACAGCCUCGACGAGUUGAAAAACAUGUUGGACGGUAGAAAGGAACAUUGGGCGAGGACAGCCAGAACUGGCUCAAUUGCUCCUAUGCCACCAGUCAUUGAUUCUAACUAUAAGUUGGGCACUGGAGCCCACAAAGUCCGUGAAAGCAGCAGCAGCGGCGAUUUGAUACAUCCAAAGAGACCACAAGCGAGACACCUGGACGAAGAUAAAACCUCACUUAGACAGGCCAGCUCGCAGGCUAGCUUGUCUGGGCCAGUCAGUCAAACUCAUGAUCACGAUAAAGUCAACUCAAUCUCACCGUUGGAGCGGAUGAAACGACCGUGCUUUGACCUUGAUGACAGGCAGGAAACACAGGAACUUCAACCAGAUGAUAUCUUCUUCAGUAAUUUGGAUGCAGCAUUUUUGGCGAUUGUGGACUCCGAAACACAAACCGAGAUGGAUUCUUUGGGCAAGACUGGAAUACGUCACACCUCACCAACAUUUGGCUUUGAAGACAUCAUGACGACUGCUGAGCUCAACAGAGCACAGAUUUCAAAGGAAUCAUCGGAAAGUAUACUGCUCGAUGCUCGUGUUGGAUUCGAGAUACUGUAUGCUCCUGCACUUGAUGUCCAUGGCCAUUUCAAUCCUAAGCACCGCGUUACAAGCUUUGAGGAAGGACAAGCCAACUAUAUACCGGCCGAUAAUUCCCAGAAUGAACUUUGUGAUUCCAUUAUGAUGCCAAGGCAAGCACUCCUAUAUCCGACCAAUACUCAUUGCGCAAACUUGGACCCUAUCCCACCUAAAUUUUGGCGCCAGAACAGACUGUAUUGA